AUGGCGACACCUCUCACCGAUCAGGAGAAGCGCAAGCAGAUCAGUAUCAGGGGGAUCGUGGGAGUGGAGAAUGUGGCAGAGCUGAAGAAGGGCUUCAAUCGUCACCUGCACUUCACUCUGGUGAAAGACAGAAACAUUGCAACACCCAGGGAUUAUUACUUUGCCCUGGCCCACACCGUGAGAGAUCACCUGGUGGGGAGAUGGAUCAGAACACAGCAGUUUUACUAUGAAGUGGACCCAAAGAGGGUGUACUAUCUAUCUCUGGAGUUCUACAUGGGAAGGACACUCCAAAACACAAUGAUCAACCUCGGGCUGCAGAACGCCUGCGAUGAAGCCAUCUAUCAGCUUGGCCUGGACAUGGAAGAGCUGGAAGAGAUGGAGGAGGACGCGGGGCUCGGGAAUGGAGGCCUCGGCCGCCUGGCAGCAUGUUUCUUGGAUUCAAUGGCCACCUUGGGACUUGCAGCAUACGGCUAUGGCAUUCGGUAUGAAUAUGGGAUCUUUAACCAGAAGAUAAGAGAUGGCUGGCAGGUGGAGGAGGCAGACGACUGGCUGAGACACGGAAACCCCUGGGAGAAAGCUCGCCCCGAGUACAUGCUGCCCGUUCACUUCUAUGGACGAGUGGAGGAGACAAGAGAUGGGCCAAAAUGGGUUAACACGCAGGUGGUUCUGGCAAUGCCUUAUGACACACCCAUUCCUGGCUACAUGAACAACACUGUGAACACCAUGAGGCUGUGGUCUGCCCGCGCCCCCAAUGACUUUAACUUGAAAGACUUUAAUGUAGGAGAUUACAUCCAGGCCGUUCUGGACAGAAACCUGGCAGAGAACAUCUCCCGUGUGCUCUACCCAAAUGACAAUUUUUUCGAAGGAAAAGAACUCCGUCUGAAACAGGAAUACUUUGUCGUGGCAGCCACACUCCAAGACAUCAUCCGUCGCUUCAAGACCACUAGGAAGGGCGUACCAGGUCGCACCUCAUUCAAGAGCUUCCCAGACAAAGUUGCCAUCCAGCUAAAUGACACACAUCCGGCCAUGGCCAUCCCUGAGCUGAUGAGAAUCUUUGUGGACAUUGAGAAAAUUGACUGGGACACGGCCUGGGACCUCACAAGGCGCACCUUUGCCUACACCAACCACACAGUCCUCCCUGAAGCUCUGGAGCGCUGGCCUGUAGAGCUGAUGGAGCAUCUCCUACCCAGACACCUGCAAAUCAUUUACCAGAUCAAUCAGGCCCACCUCGAUAAAAUUGUAGCUCUCUAUCCAAACGACAUGGACAAGCUGAGAAAAAUGUCUCUGAUUGAAGAGGACGGAUCCAAGAGGGUGAACAUGGCACACCUGUGCAUCGUGGGAUCGCACGCUGUCAACGGAGUCGCUGAGAUACACUCCAACAUCAUCAAGACAGAAGUGUUUCGUAAUUUCAGCGAACUAGAACCAGAUAAGUUUCAGAACAAAACCAAUGGCAUCACUCCUAGACGCUGGCUGCUCCUCUGCAACCCCGGACUGGCCGAGCUAAUAGCUGAGGCCAUCGGGGAGAACUAUGUGAAGGACCUCAGUCAGCUACGGAAGCUGAAUGACCUUGUUGAUGAUAUUAUCUUCAUCCGUGAUGUCUCUAAAGUGAAACAGGACAACAAGGUGAAAUUUGCCCAGUACCUGGAGCAAGAGUACCAGGUGAAAAUCAACCCAUCCUCCAUGUUUGACGUCCACGUGAAGAGAAUCCACGAGUACAAGCGGCAGCUCCUUAACUGCCUGCACAUCAUCACCAUGUACAACCGCAUUAAAAAGAACCCUACUGCACCUUUUGUACCACGAACUGUGAUCAUCGGUGGAAAGGCUGCACCAGGGUAUCACAUGGCAAAGAUGAUCAUCAAGCUGAUCACCUCAGUGGCUGAUGUGGUGAACAAUGACCCUGUGGUGGGUGACAAGCUGAAGGUCAUUUUUCUUGAAAAUUACAGAGUGUCUCUAGCAGAGAAAGUGAUUCCAGCCACAGAUUUGUCAGAGCAGAUCUCCACUGCUGGCACAGAGGCUUCAGGAACAGGCAACAUGAAGUUCAUGCUGAAUGGAGCCCUGACCAUCGGCACCAUGGACGGAGCAAAUGUGGAGAUGGCCGAGGAGGCCGGAGAGGAGAACAUCUUCAUUUUCGGCAUGAGGGUGAAGGAUGUAGCUGAAUUGGACAAAAAGGGAUAUGACGCCAUGUCAUACUACAGCAAGAUCCCUGAGCUGAAACAAGUGAUGGAUCAGAUCACAAGUGGAUAUUUUAGCCCCAAAAAUCCAGAGCUUUUCAAAGACCUCACUGAAAUGCUUUUCAAACAUGACCGUUUCAAAGUGUUUGCUGACUUUGAAGACUACGUGAAAUGCCAAGAAAAAGUCAGCAAGCUCUAUAAGAAUCCGGUGGCGUGGACAAAGAUGGUGGUCAAGAACAUCGCUGCAACGGGAAAAUUCUCCAGCGACCGAACCAUCACAGAGUACGCCACCGAGGUGUGGGGGGUGGAGCCGACUGACCUCAAGAUCCCACCACCAAGCGAGCCCAGAGAAGCCAUUGACGAAACCGUCAAAGCUCUUAAGAAAAUGUGAAACUGUAUCACAAGCAAAGGCCGCCUUUUUGUUUACAACAUAUUAAGUGUUCCUGUUUGCUUUAAACCUGCAACAUGCAUAUCACUGGACUGUUUUGAGGAUUAUGGGUUAUUUUUCACUUUCUCUUUGUUGUUAAAGCAUGAGUCAAAGCACUGUUAUGCAUCUUUAGCACAUGCAGUAGGCUUAAACUGUGUCGAGCAAGCUCAAAUAUUUCUAAAUAGCUUGCUCGUAUUUGACAAUCUGCAAGUGGGUGGAGGUUUCAGGAAUCCAGUGGGAAACUCAGAUUUUUGUUCCAUUUCUGUACAACACCAAACGAUUUCAAGGAUUCGUUAGCAUCUGUAACUUGGUUAAGGAUGCAAAUUUAAAUUUGUGAUCAACAGUUGUUCCUCUCAGUGUUGAAAUAAAAACAAAGUGUAAUGAGA